GUUUCUCCAAUCGAGUGACUCAGUCGCCCUUCUGCCAGUUCGCAGUGCAAAUUCGAUCCCCCCGGCCGUCGACACGAUGCCACACUUUCGUCACGCCUCCAUGCACGCACCAAUCGAAGCUAUAUUGUACCUUAAUUGUCAUCAGUGCAACGAUCGUCUGCUGCAUUACACCACCACAAGCUAUCUCUUUUUUGCGCUUCCAGUGAGCCGCCACAAGUCAUUUCGCUCUCUCGUUUGCUUACCGGUGCUCGCAUCAUUCUAUAAUCGAGGAUAUCCAAUCUCCACACUGAUCGGCAAAAGCCAAACCAACGAAAGCCUGCUACGAACAAAAAUCCACCCAAUCGUUAGGAUACCAAUCUCAACCGAUUAAUCAAUCAAUUAACUAAGAUUCUUCAAAGGAGGAACGAUAGAUGAACGCGGUGGAGGAAGAAGAGAUUGCCGUAUUCGGUCCGGAUUCUGCUCCUCCCCCUUCCUUGAGGGAUGCUCCUGCUGAUCCUUUUCGGUCUGAAUUGUUGCUAUCCACACACACCAGGACCGCUUUGACUGAUCCUGAGACUAUGGAAUUGACAAGGAUGGAAUAUGGCAACAAAGCACCAGUUAAUCCCGACAGUGACGAUGACAGUUCCAUGGAUGACCCAUUGAACGAGAUCGACCCCAAGAAUACUAAUGAGGCCGACAUGAGCGAGUCUCCCAGCAACUUUGAAUUCUCCUUUAACAGUGCUGAUUUGGAACGAGAUAUUCGAAACGGUGCUAUGCAGACCAUUGCUUUUGACUAUGUAUACAGCAAUGCCUACGACAUUGUCUACAGCAUCUGUACUUGGCCCAGGCUCCUCCUGAGCUAUUGCUUGAAUUUCUUUCGAUUUACCAGAAAGAAGGAUGACGAUUCUGAUGGACCAGUGCCACCCCAGGAGGAUAAUCGUGUUGAAAACAUGUCGAUUGCGGCUUCCCAAUCAGCAGCUAUUGGCAUAGGAGCAGGAGUCAUGGCUGGUCAGUCGGCUGCCGCCGGAGCCGGGACUUCGACACUGUCGGCUGCUGUCUCUUCUCUUUCAACACCUACCAUAAUUGGGCUUGCUCUGUCUGCGGCUAUUGCAGUCACUGCUACUACAGCUGGAGUUGCCACAGGAAUCCGCAACGGCAGUGACAUCAAUGCUGCACGUCCUGGUGGCUGCAAUGAAAAUAUAGGAUCCAUGGAUGUCAACCAAGGUGCCAUGCAAAUGGUCUUUUCUUCACCUUCAUUGGAAGCUAACAGGGAUCACAACACUACCAUUGAUGCUCCUUCCACAAGUGCACUGCUGCUGGAGAACAAGGAAGAAUUGGAGAAUAUCUUUGCACAGGUUUACAACAACGUCACUGCUAAUUCCACCAACGGUGCCCUCGUUGAUCGAUGUGAUAUUCCCCAAAUCCCAACUGGUGGUGUUCAAAUGAUGCAGGUUGAGUCAUCUGAAGUGAACAAUUAUACCAAUACCCUCUGGGUUGCGGAUGUUCUAUGCAACGGAUGCUCUGAUAGAGAUCCGCUUUUUGGAACCCACACCAAUCCUGUUAGGGCUGUCGAUGACUUUGUUGACCAGUUCAUCCAGGCAAUACAACCCAUGCUUAAGACUGACAAGCCAAAACAAGACACCUUGCUGCAAGCAGAGCGAGAACAAGAAGAGUCACCGGUCGAUAUCCUGUUUGUGGCGCUAGUUGACCCUAUCACAGAAGAGACACUACCAGAUCAGACACAUUGGCUAGGACCUGGUGAACUGAUUGAGCUAUUGCCAAACAUUGAUACAGUUUGGAGUAAUAACCACAAUGGCCAUGAACAAGAUCAACUGGGAGUUCCACCGGUGCCAACGACUUCAGCAAAAACAUCGAACCCUACAUCCGGCACUCAAACAAACACCCAUGUACAGCAAGAUGUAGCACCCAACUCUCCAGGAGUUGAGUCAACACCAACAGAUCCUGCAGGUGCUGCGCCCACAAAUGCCAAACUCCCAGAGCCAACUCCCACUCAAGCACCAGCAAGUACUCCUAAGCAGCAAACCCAAAUAUCCAUUUCUCCUGCCCUAACAACAUCAGAUGUACCAGGUGCCAGCAAUGGAAACAUCAUGCCUUCUUUUGUGGUUGUUUCACCCAGUCAGGCAGCAACGGGACCACCAUCAAUGGUUAGUCCAACUGUUGUUUCUGGCCCAACUAGUUCUGGUGCUACCAAUGUCUUAAGCAGAAAUCCCAGUAGCAACAUCAACACAUUUCCACCAGCAGCAUUGAGUCCAUCACGUUCCACAGCUAACACAAACCAAGCUCCAAGCAAUGAUGGCCAACAGCAAGCACCACAGCCUACUAAUCAGUAAGACUCAUUACCCCCCAUUUCAGCAAUAAAGAAUCCUGAACCAUCCUUUGUGAUACCAGCACCACCAUCAUCUGGUGGCGGAUACAACGGCAACAAUGGCAACCAUGACAAACCCCCAUCAACUGAGGGUCAGUCCAGUGCUGGGUCAAAUCUGAGUCCAGAUGCCACAAUGCCACCAUCUUCUGAAUCUUCUGAAGCCUAUUCAACAUUGCCAACAACAAUUGCAAUGGUUCCAACAAGAGACAUGCUCUCACCAGAGUCAUGUGCUGGUAUGCAGAUGUUUGCUGCAACACUUUCAUCAUCAGUAGCUUGCAGCAACAUGAAUGCAGGCAGUGACAGUGGAAGCGCAGAUUCCUUGGUUUUGUCAUCCAAAAUGAUAUCUUCGUACCCAACUGUGAUUGCUGCAACAUCUGCUCCUACCCCUGAACCUACCUUUGAACCAACUACAAAUACCCAAACAAAUUUCUUGGCGUUAUCAUCCAAAAUUGGAUCUUCAUACCCAACAGCAAUCCCUGCAACCUAUCAACCUACGCCUGAACCUACCUUUGAACCAACCAAUAGCCCAACCUUGACACCAACAGAACAGCCAACAGCCAACCCUACCAGUAACCCUACCAGUACCAAUGAAGUCACAACAUCACCUACUGGAAACCCAACCACCAUCCCAACAAUGGAACCUACAAGCCUCCAAACAAUUAAUCAAGUGCAGGAAGACUACUUUGUUACAUUCAGUGGGCCAACCACUGGUUGGACAGGCCAAGAAAUGAUGGAUGCGUUUGUGGAGGCAUACAACUCUCUGCCUGACUCUGAUUCCACGAUUGAUGUGAUACAGGCUGGUCAACCUGUUGGUACUCCUGGUGGCUUCUACCUGGAGUUCACCGUGACCUCCAGUCCUGGGGCCUUGGACGAGGACCUCACAGCCUUUGAGGUUCAGUUUAUUCAGAACUACAAUUCAGAGAUCCAAGACAUAGAGGCUGUUGCGUUGUCUUUGAGUAUGGAGUCCCCAAGCAGCAGCCCAUCAGUGCAGGAGGACUACUUUGUAACUUUCAGUGGGCCAACCACCGGUUGGACAGGCCAAGAAAUGAUGGAUGUGUUUGUGGAGGCAUACAACUCUCUGCCUGACUCUGAUUCCACGAUUGAUGUGAUUGAGGCUGGUCAACCUGUUGGUACUCCUGGUGGCUUCUACCUGGAGUUCACCGUGACCUCCAGUCCUGGGGCCU